AUGAAUUAUUUUUAUUUAUUUACUAUUUUUUUAAUUAUUUUAAAUAUAAAUAAUAUUAAUAGUUCUAUUAUAACAUUUAAUAAUAAUAUUAUAUCAGAAUGCACAAGUGAUACUCCAUGCGAUUUAUCUUCAAAUAAUAUUUGGGAAAAUAAUCAAGCUCCACACAAUGGUGACGAUGUAGUCAUUGAUUUUUCAAACGAAUCAAAUCAAAAUAUUUAUUUAUUUGGUGAAAAUUUCCAUAUUCAAUUAAACUCUUUCACUUUGAAGGGUCAAAUUACCAAUACAAACAAUCUUAAAACAAUCUUUUAUACAAGUUUAACCAUUCAAAAUUCAAACUUCACAAUUAUAAACGAUUUUACUAUACAAAACUCAAAUGUAGCUUUUAACGAAACUUCAGAUAACAAUAUUAUAAAUAUUGGUAAUUUCGUUUCAAACAUAACCAGCUUUACUAUGGAUGGCUAUUCAAGUGUCAAAUGUAAUUCCACUAAUCUUUAUGGUGUUCAACAGUUUAAUAUACUCGGUCAAUCAUCAUUUAAUGUAAAUGGCACAGCAACUAUUGACACACAAAUCAAUCAUAGAAGUACCGGUUUAUUAUCACUUUCAGGUCCGACUACUAUCUCAGAUAUAUUUAACUCUAUUGGCACUGUUAGUUUUGGCCCAUAUACAACAACCAUUUCAUCACAAACCGAAAUUGAUACAGCCUUCCUCUCUGGUAGACUAGUUAUUGUUGAUGGUAAUAAUGUAAUGAUAAAUGAAUAUAUCACAUUAAAUGAAUUAUCACAAAUUUUUGUUACCCAAUCUUCAAGCCUUAUAAUUAAAAGCACAAUUGAUAGCUCUCAUAUUCCACGUGUAAGUUAUCAAGUAAUUUUAGAAGAUAGUAGCUCCUUAUUUGUCCCAUCGGGUUUUACGUUCUUAAAUUCCACAUCUGAAAUGAAUGGAACCAUCAACAUUCAAGAUAAUAAUAAUGAAACUAUAUUUUAUGAAGUCGAACAACCAUUAUUAAAUAUUUCAACAAGUGGUAAUAUUACAUUAUUGGGAACAUUAGUAAAUAUGGUUUUCUGUGAAUCUAAUACUCUUGUUAAUGUUGUAACCAGUUCAGGAAUUUAUUCACUCCUUGGUAAUGGGGAUGUCUAUGUUUCAAAUACUCUUUCUCUAUAUAAACAAUCAAUUGCAAGAACAAUUAACAUUUCAAAAACAGGUCUCCUUGCUGUUUUUGGUAUCUUAAACGCUCAACAAAUUAAUGUAGCAUAUGCUGGAGCCCUAGCUAACUAUGGCAGUUUGAAUUCUGAUAUUUAUUCUUCAGGUCAAGUUCUUUUCAAAUCUAUGUAUUCUAAUGCCAAAUCAAUUAAUAUUCAAGACUCUGGUUCAUUAGUUAUAGAUUAUCCCUCAUUACAGAUUGAGGGCAAUUUAAAUAUGGGUCCAUUUUCAACUUUAAAUAUCAAAAAUGUAAAUUUAAAUGAUGUCACAGCACUCAUCAAUCUCGAAGGAAACUUAAAUGUUAACCCAUCCCGCUUAACCAUUCAACUUAAUCAGACUCAAGCCACAGUAAAACAAAGUGAUAGCAUUUUAUUAUUUGUUGCCAAUGGUGUUUAUAACAAUACAGUUAGUAUUGCCCCUAAUGUCAUAUCAGUUUUAACCAGCAGUGGUUCUUUAGUAAAUCUUAAUCCUUUACUCCAAAGAGAUUCAACAGGUAUUUAUAAAUUGGAAUUUAAAAAUAAAAACUUUCCCUCACCCGGUUUGAUUGCUGGUGCUGUAGCUGGCUCAGUUGCUGGUGUAGUAUUAAUCGUAAUAAUCGUAGUUUGUUGCUAUAAAAGAAAGAAGAACCCUCAUCACCAUCACCAUCACGAACAAAAACCCUUAAUUCGUUAA